CUUAGCUCCUGCUGCCUUGCUGAAGACCGCCUCUGUUGCCUGCCAGGCAUUGGACUCACAGGUGGAGGGCACCAGGAUUGGUGGACCCCAACCCAGCCCCAAGGCCCCGAGGCUUGAGACACCAGGAAAGCCAGGAGUGUUUAACUUAGGCGUUACCACAGGUUGCCAGAAUGGGGAGCACCGGGGCAGGGUUGCUGUGGUCAUGUCUCCUGAUGCUGUUGGCCCUGCUCCACAAGUCAGGAAGUCAAGAUCUCACCUGCACGGUUUACCAGAGCAGUGUAGACUGGACACAAACAUUUAAUGAUGCCUGCCUCAAUUUCAGUGGCCUUGGCCUGUCCCUGCCAAGGAACCAGUCCUUGCGGGCCAGCCAAGCUCAAGUCCUGGACCUUUCUAAGAACGGCCUGCAGGUACUCCCUGGGGUCUUCUUCGCCAACCUGGAAAAGCUGCAAACCCUGAUUGUCACUCACAACCAGCUGGACAGUGUGGACAGGUCGCUGGCCCUACGCUGUGACCUGGAGCUCAGGGCGGACUGCGGCUGUGGACUGGCCUCCUGGUAUGCUCUCCGCCAGAACUGCUCAGGGCAGCAGCUGCUGUGUCUACACCCGGCCACUGCAGCUCCCAGGAACCUCUCCACCUUCCUUCAGGUCAGCUGUCCCCCCAGCUGGGGCCCGGGGACCAUUGGUGCCCUUGUUGCUGGGACUAUCUUCCUGGCUUUGGUUGUCAGUGGAUCUGUGCUGGCCUGGAGACUUCUUCGCCGACGAGCCAGUGAGCACAGCCUUAGCAAAGCCCAGAAUUCACACGAUGUCCCCAGACCAGUGACAGACUUCCUGCCAAGGUACAGCAGCCGGCGACCCAGCCCCAAGGCCCCAGACUCGCCACCCAGCAGGUUCACAGCGGAUUAUGAGAAUGUCUUCAUUGGCCAGCCAGCGGAGGACUGCUCAUGGUCUGCAGCCAGAAGCCGGCCUUCUGAGGACAGUGACUGCUACAUGAACUACAGGAGUGUUGACCAGGACCCUCAGCCCGUCUAUUGCAACCUGGAGUCCCUGGGGCGGGUCCCACCGGAUAGUGAAGAGCGUGUGGUCUCGUGGCGCUGAGCCCGGUCUGGCCUGUGGGAGCAGACCCUGAACCAGAGAAUCUUCCACGAUCCCGCACACUCAACAUCAUAAGGGACACGAGGACUCCUCCAAAAGCUGAAGGAGGGUCAGAAACAACCCUCCGGUCAGUGUGCAUGCAGGUGGUCCUCAAUAAAAGCUCUGGGCCACGUGGAGCAGCUGACUCUGAGCAGGACUGACCAGUGGUUUCCGGAGAGUCCAAACUCCAUCUGAAUUCGCUGUUCUGCACUCACAGUCCCCUCUGCCUGCUCCUCACCCACCGGUCGCUGAGAUUCCAUGCAGGGCCUUGUGGGCCUGGGCACUGGAGGCCCGGCCAGGUGCGAGGGUGCAGGCGAAGGGGCGAGGACUGGAGCAGGGAGGGGGAAUCGCCUCCACCGCCUCCGCUGCCUCCGUCUUCAUCUUUGUCGCUGUCCCUUCUGUUGCUCCAAGACCCGCAAGGGUCGCUCUGUGCUGAGUUGGGCUGGACUGAGCUGGCAGGAAGCCGACUAGCCAGCGAAGGGUGCUGGGGGUGGGGGGUGGGGGGUGCCGUGAAGAGCUGUUUCUGGGGGCGUUUUUGGAAGAGUUUUGCUCUUUCCCAAGCAGCAGUGUUACAGCUCUUAUGACAGAAGCUCUCAGAUGACGGAAUAGUUCUCACACCUCUAUUCCUCCUGGAUGGGAUUCUUACAUACAGUUUUGGGGUGGGUCAGGGUCUGACAGCAGGUACUUCCUAUUGGCUUGGUCUGAGAGCUUGGGGAUACCUUAUCUGCAUGAGGGAGGACUUGGGGUGCUGCUCCUCUGUGACUGAUGGCCAUCGACCUCUCUGGGCGGGAAGGGGCUGUAGCUACGUGACAGGAGCCUGGUUUCCAGAGCAGGCAAGUCUUCCUACCUAUAGUCCCUUCAGGGUCCCCCGGACUUCAAACCUUAGCUCAACCUUAUCAGACUUCCUCUCACAGCCCACCACCCCACAACUCCCCCUUUUCUUUUUAUAAGGGAGAGGUGUCAUCGAAAUAACUGUCUCCUGGGAACAGUUUGAUACUGAACCAAGACCUGAUUGGUAGUGAUCUGCUGCUUUUGAAACUGAGUGAGGCAGGGUGCCAAGAGAAGCAAGGCUCCAAUGGCUAGCUAGUACAGGGCAAAGGAGGGGAAGAAUCCAGGCUACCAAGGGGUUAGAAUACCAAGGGGUAGGGGUGUUGGGAGUAUAGCGUGCCCAGAGGUUUCCCAGAGCUCUUUGAGCAUCUGUACAUCUUGUUCUACCAGCCCAGAUGCAUUGACAUAGAACCAACAUUCCUCCCACAGCAAAACACAAGUCCCUCCAUGUUCCGCAGUCAGCAAGUCCAGGGCUCUCUGGUUUUGGAGAGCAACUCCUGCUAAGGAGGUUACCUGGCCUUGAAGAGACUAAGGCUGUCUGUAGUGGAAGCCAUCACCUGGUCAAGCUUGUCUUGGAAGUUGCUGGCCGUCUGUUGCAUUUGGACAAGGGCUGCUCCAGCGGUUCUUGUUGCACCCGUUGAGACAGCAAGGCCUAGUCCAAUGAGCAGAGGGGUGAAGAUCUCUCUCUUCUUUCGGCUUUCUGUCAUCGGCAAGGUGAGUUCUUCAGGUUCGUAGAGAUAAACCUGGGGGACAGUUAUCAUGGGGGUGCAGGAGCCUUGGGAAAAGGAGUUAAUACAGGGGCCUAUACUGCCUUUGCACCAGAGGAGGGCAGGAGGGUUAACGCAUACUGACUUUGUGAUGGUGGUGUCACGGGCACAUGUAAGAUGGGGUUUUGAGGUGGGCCCUACAAGGCAAAGAGGCGGAAGGGGUAGGUCAAAGAGAGGAAUGUCCUGUGCUUUCCUCGUGGGUUGGGGUCCACGGAGGUCAUGAAGGGAGAUGUCAAUGGGAAUGGCUGCUAAUAAUGGUCGGGAGAGAGAAGCACUGAAAAAGCAUUGGGAGGAGUUGGGAGGAGUUAUUAAGGGAAGGAGGUCAGCUGUACACUAGAUGUACUGUAGCCAAGAGAGGGUAGCUCGGAGUUUCUUCUGAGACUGAUUUUCCUGUUAGAGAAUAUUAGCAUGGGUAAAGACUGAUUUGGAGCCAAGAACAAGCUCACAGGAGACAUGCAGGUCAGCGACUGGGUAUUUGGCAUAGCCAUUGCAGUAAAGUUUACCCUUGACUCCAGUCCGCCAACGUUAAUCCCAUGGGUCGCUGAUGGAAAGCUGAAAUUGAGUUUUAAGAUUGGUGAGUGCAGUGCUGCCUCAGCUGGUGGAUUCCAUUCUGCAGCUCCAUAUGUGGAGACCUCCUGGAGACAUUGACCUGUUUCAGUGAGGAAAGCAGAGGAAAGGGCUGGGGGAAUGGAAUCUGGGUGUAGGAGGAUGUCAGUGCUGGUCCAACAUCCUUCAAGUGAGCAGUCCUGAGUCCCUAGAACUUUGUUGUGUACAUUAUAGGUUUCCCUAGUGUAGAAAACUGUGCCUCCAGUGGUAGUUGUUGGGAAGGCUGGGGAGAGGCUGGGCAGUAGCAGAGUUAGCAUGGAGAAUGACAAACACAGCCAGGAGAAUAAAGGAGAGGGGGCUUGGGGAGGGUACGUGACCUGGGCAGCAGUCACCACCAGGUCAUGGAUGUCCUUCCAGGAGAUCUUGUCCUUCUGGGUGUGGUGUUUCCUCUGCCUCAUCCUCUUCCUCUGUCCUUGAUCUGCUAACGAGAAAGGCGGACCAUCUUCUUAGUUGGUGGGGUGGUAUCGAACAUUUCUGGAAGGAACCCAGAUAGGCUUAGGCUGGUCCUGUGGGAAAACACAAGAGAAACCCAUCCUAGUUGUAAGGAGAGGGUCUGGUCCCUUCCAAAUUCCAUCCAAAGGAUCUUGCCAUUGCACUAGGAUGGGGGUGUUAAUUUUGGUGUGCGCCAAUGGAGGGAGCUAGAAGGGCCAUCAUUACUUCUGCAUUACAGGUAGGUGGCUACCUUUUGUUUUAGGAGCUGGGCCUUUCGGGUUUGAUGUGCUCUUUCUGUUAUUCCCUGGCCCUGAGGGUUGUGGGGAAUGCCCAUAGGAUAGGCAAUUGCCCGAUGUGUGCAGAAGGCUUUGAAUUGAGAGCCAGUGAAGGCAGGGGCCAUUAUCAGUUUUUAUCUGUUGAGGAAUGCCCAUGAUGGCAAUGGUGGAGAGCAUACAGUGAAUUUUCACCUAUUUGGGCUGUAACCCAUAUCAAAUGCGAGUGUGUAUCUACAGUGACAAAAACAUGUUUCUGUUUAC